UGUGGUCAUAUCACCACUUACUUGGCAGAUUGCAAGGUCUAUGCAAAUAGCUGUAAAAUCAAUGACUAAUAAAAAUCAAUGACUAAUAGCAACAGUAUCAACUGUAUAGUGACUACUGAAACCAGUUAUGGCUCAUGAUAGGAAUAUGUGAGCUAUGAAAUGCCAAAUGAGUUAAGACACUUGAUUAUCAAUACUCAAUAAAACACUUAUCAUAGUGAUGGUCAUUAGUCUAUUCGUCAUUGGAUUACUUUUCCUUUUUAAUGUGCACUAGUCUACAAUGUAAACACAUAUAAUACCUUAAGUGACGUACAAAAUAAAACUUUAGCGUGACAACAUCGGAAAGAGAAGGAGAAUAAGAAAAUAAAAUGGAGAAGAUAUUAGUUUUAUUAUUACUGAGUAUCUGUUGCAUUAAUGCUGCCACUGUGAUGUUUGAUCCUGCUACUUACAGCGUAACUGAGGGAGAUAGUAAUGUAACGCUUAAUAUCUCAUUUGUGACAUCUGAACCUCUCAGUGCAGAAUCCACUGUUAGAAUAUCCAGUAUACCAACUGCUGGAGCAACUGAUGAAGCUACUUCUGGAGUUGAUUAUGUGACUUUCAAUGAGACAGUCACUCUACCUGCUGGGUCUACAAGAUAUGAUUAUGCUAUCACCAUCCUUUCUAAUCCAGAGGCAGAGUUUCCUGAGCAAUUCAGUGCAUCUUUAGAGUUUGUUAGUGGAAACUCAUUAACAGUUAAUGGAUCUAGUGCUACUGUGACUAUUAAUGAUACUGAUGUUCCUACUUUAGUAAGGUUUGACCCUGUUACUUACAAUGUAACUGAGGCACCAGUAUGGAUUAGCAUAUCAUUUGUGACAUCUCAGCCUCUUCUUGGUAACUCCAUUGUUAGACUAUAUGAUAUACCAACUGCUGGAACAACUCAUCAAGCUACUGCUGGAACUGACUACUCAUCUUUCAAUAGUACAGUCACUCUACGUGCUGGUGAUACAAAACGGGUUUAUACUGUAUACAUCUACAAUGAUAAAGAGGCAGAAUUUCCUGAGCAAUUCAGUGCAGCUUUAGAAUUUGUUAGUGGAUGGCCAUUGACAGUUACUGGACCCAAUGCUACUGUAACUAUUAAUGAUACUGAUGUUUCUACCAUUCGAUUCUCUCCCAGUUACAAUUACAUUACUUCAGAGGAGACCACCAACGCUAAUGUUACUCUAACUGGUGUUACAUCACAGCCUCUAUUAGGAGAAACUAUUAUUAGACUAACUGAUGUACCUACACCUGGUGCUACCUAUCCUGCGACAAGGAACAUUGACUACAUUGCAUUUAAUGAGGAGAUCACUCUACCUGCUGGGUCUACAGGUUUCUCUUAUAAUGUCACAAUAUUACCAUCUACAGUAUCUGAGUAUACAGAAAUGUUUAAGGCUAAAAUGUCAUAUAUCAGUGGUUCACCAAUAGUAACUGAAUCAGACGCUACAAUCCAAAUUUAUGAUAAUAGUCGUAUAUUGUUAACAUUCAGUUCUCCUGAAUACAUAGUUUCUGAAAGCAAUAGAAGUGUUACAAUUACUAUAACAUCAGCACAGCCUGUUCUUAAUGAUGUUGUUAUCAUAUUAACUGAUGUACCAACUAGUGGUGGAGCAAGAAAUGGCACUGAUUAUAUAUCAUUCACUGCUACAAUAACAAUCCCAAGUGGACAGUCUUCAGUUUCACAUACAAUAUCACUAGUGGAUGAUGAUGUGCCGGAAUCAACUGAAUCCUUUGAUGUUAGAAUAUGCUCGAUAUCUGGAUAUUAUGUUACUUCUUACUCUUAUACAGUAGUUGUGACCAUCAUUGAUGAUGACAGCACAGGCUCUACUAAUGCAGCACUAGUGUUAUCUGGUUUGAGUAUAUCCUUUAAUAUCAUAUUGAUAUUAAUAUUGAUUGCUGUACUUUCCUAUCGGUAA